CCCCUGGUCUCUGCAGACACUAAAUAGCGCUGAUGGAUUUGUACUUCAAAGCUCGUAGUGCUCGUUACCGCUACCGGCUCUGCUUCAAUCUGGAGCUACACAACGUAUGACUCACGUUGGUUUAAAAAAUGGUCAGGAGGGCCGGAGACUCACAGUGGGCUGUGACAGGUAUAAUUGUCCUCAUUAGAAUCUUCAUUGUUUUUGUUUUUUUUUGUUUUAAAUGACAAACGUGUGAUUUGAAUCGAUGCCGCUGGGCUUUUUUUGCGUCGGGAGAGUGAAGAGUUGUGUUUUGAGCGCGUACACAUUGCGUAUGAUCCUGCUAGGUUCGUUGCAGUUGGUAUCUAGAGAGAACAGCUGCUGUCCUCCGUGGCCGUCUAAUCAACAGAAAUACGAGGAGCCUCCCUUGUGCAGACGCUCACAGCAACCUCUCAGAAACAUCCCAUACCGCGCGGAGGUACUGUCUGCUUCUUUCACCCGUCAGACUGUCAGGAGAGCGCAUGGCCUACGGUCGGCAGCCCCCCCCUCCCUGUUCACCCAGCCUCCCACUGCCCUGUCUCCACAGGUCUGGAGAGGCGCCCCCUCAUGGCACGGCCAGAGACUGUUGUGUUCCUCCGCUUCCCCUGAAGAGGUGACGGUGGCGUACCAGAACGGGCUGCCGGUGAUCUCCGUCAGCCUGCCGUCCCGGCGAGAGCGCUGCCAGUUCACCCUCAAGCCUCUCACCGACUGCGUGGGCGUCUUCCUGCAACAGCUCCAGGCGGAGGACCGGGGCAUCGACCGCGUGGCCAUCUACUCCACGGAUGGAGUGAGGGUCGCCUCCUCCACAGGGAUCGACAUCCUGCUGCUGGACGAUUUCAAGCUGGUCAUUAAUGACACCACGCACCUCGUGCGGCCGCCGAGGAGAGAGCUGCUGCCCCAUGAGGAUGUCGAGAGGCUGAACGAUGUCAAGUUCCUGGUGCAGCAGCUCUACACGACCCUGCGCAUCGAGGACCAUCAGCUGAGCAAGGAGCGCGAGCUGAUCGGACGACUGGAGGACCUCAACUCACAAAUCCGCCCCCUAGAGAAGGUGAAGGAGGAGCUGAGUAAGAAGGCGGAGCGCCGCACCACCUGGGUGCUGUGGGGCGGCAUGGCUUACAUGGCCACCCAGUUCGGCAUCCUGGCCCGGCUAACCUGGUGGGAGUACUCCUGGGAUAUCAUGGAGCCGGUCACCUACUUCAUCACGUACGGCACGGCCAUGGCCAUGUACGCCUACUUCGUGCUCACGCGCCAGGAGUACAUUUACCCCGACGCCAGGGACCGGCAGUAUCUGCUGUUCUUCCACAAGGGGGUGAAGAGGACACGCUUCGACAUUGAGAAGUACAACAAGCUGAAGGACGACAUCGCUGAGGUGGAGUUGGACCUGAAGCGUCUGCGGGAUCCUCUCCAGCUCCAGCUCCCCAUUCAGCAGCUCACCGACAGUAAAAAUUGAUGGGAACAGCAACCUCCCUCCUCUCUGAGCUCCUGCAAGCCUCUUCCCACCCGCUACCCCCGCACCCUGCCUCAAGCCCCUCCUCCCCUCCCUCCCUCCCUCCCUCCCUCCCUCACCCCCUCCCCUCGCCCCUCCCACGCCCAACAAUCCCAUCCCUUUCUUGGCUGUGGGAGUUAGUUUUUUCUCCUUUCUUUAUACUUUUUUCUCUUUUCCCAUUUACUUUGCUGACUGAAAUCUUCAGUUGGAAUUGCAAGUGAAAACUGCUAAAAUAUGAAGUAGGACGGUGAAGUACUGGGGGGGGGGGGGAAAUCACCUCCCACAGCCGAUUGGGGGUGAGGAGCAUGAAAAAGGCGUCGAUGGUAAAUGGAAUAAAGCUGGACACUGUGCACAUGCCUCAAGUCUCCGAGAGGAAAGCUUUCAGGGACAAAGGAGGAAGAAAAGACGCUCCAGGACAUGGGACGCGCAGGGGGACAUUGCUGAGUGUUCGUGUGUGCUCGCGUGUGAGUGGGACAUCCGCCGAGCAGAGUUGCCCUGCUGCCUCUAGCAAUCAAACUUUCAGCAGACGCACGCCUGCUCCUGGCUGGGGGUCAGACUCUCCAUCCCACCUAUUAAAGUUUACAAGGAAGUCCCGACCGCAGUCACACCAACAGGGAGACCUGCAUCUUUCUGCGGCGGAACCCUGCUGCCUGACUCCCCCGUGGCCACGCCCCCUCCAGGUGACGGACAGCUGUCCCUCCCAGCGCGACAGGAGCUGGUGGCAACAUGCCGGACGCUCGUUUCCUCUUCCUGUCGAUGUCCUGUAACGGGCCUGUCUGCGCAGGUUUGACAGUACCGACAACAACAUCACUGUGUGUUCUUUUAUUCCAAAAAAAAAAAUAUUUUGGCACUUUUUAUUUUGAAAGCCAUAGUAUAUUUGUUAUGAAAAGAAUAUAAAUAUAUAUAUAUAUAAAUAUAUGUAUACAAUCAAAUAAACAGAUGAGCAGAG